AUGUGGAAGGGAGGCUCAGACUUUAGCCUAAGCAGCCAUUGGGUACCGUGGGACUAUAGGGGAUACAUGGGAAAGGGGGAACGCCGCACGGACUCUGGCGAGGAACACGUGUGCAUGCUACAUGCACACAUUCUGACUCCGCCUACGAGAUCUGCCGGCUGGAUAAAAGAUAAUGCUGCAAAGGAUUUUCCAAGAAAGGAAAACGAUUUGAAGAAUAGCCUACAAAGAUUUUUGACUGUUAAUCCGCGCCCACACAAAUUCAAUGAUAACCGACCUGGAGAUCGGUGGGUUAAGGGAUUCUUGAAAAGGCAUCCCGAUAUCUCGAAAAGAACAGCUGAAGGGGUUAUACUUCGUCCAGUGCAUGUGCCUCAGAACAGGACAUCAGAAACUGAUCAUUCAAGGAUUUUAAAUGCUGACGAGUUAGGAUUUGAGAUUUGUCCUUCCACUGGGAAGGUGUUUGCAGCAAAAGGGACAAGAAAUGUGUAUUCUGUAGAAUGCGGUUCUUCGAAAGAAAACAUCACCGUGUUGUUUACUUUCUCAGCAGAUAGUACUACUUGCGUGCCAAUGGUAGUUUUCCCUUAUCAACGCAUUCCUGAAAAAAUAACUAAAGGUAUUAAUCCUAAGUGGGGCAUAGGAAGAAGCGACAAAGGAUAG